AUAAAAUUCAAGAUGUAACAGAGCGGUUAAUCUACCCACCCUUUUCGAGAAUUUUUAUUGCGUUUACGUCGCGCUACUUCUGUAUAAAAUUCCUUUUUUGUAAAUUUGCGAAUUUAUUCGAGCAUCAUCUCUGGUGGGGAUAUCUCACCAAGUAUAAGAAGAGUUCAAUCCGUGACAUUGAAGUAAAUUUGCCAAUUGGUCUUAGUGAGAUUAAGAAAAGGGUUGCUGCUGUAUCUGCGAUGGGGUUCAGUUAUAAAAGAAUUUUAAUUUUGUCGAUAAUUAUCCAAAGCAUUGAGUGUGGAAUUAUUGAUAAGGAAUCACGGCUUCACUCAGUUUUAAAGAAAGGAGCAUCUGAUGCGUCAAAUAAUGAACACAUAGGAGAGAGCCUUUAUCAUCAAUCCAUUCCAUUGUUCAUCUCAAAUCCUUCUACACAGGAACCUUUAUUAAACUCUCAAAAGCAUGCCAUUCUAUCAAAAAAUAAUGACAACAUAUUUAUUAAUCCUCAAAUGCCCCUAAAGGUCCCCCUUCAACAGUUUUUCCAAGUUCCUCCUCAGGCGCCCGAUUAUGCAAGCAAUCCUUUCCUUACGGGCACAGUACCACAUCAACCACUCACCAUUCCAUCGACAACAACUGUACUCCCAUCAUAUGAGAAUAAUCCAUUCUUAAAUGUGCACAACGAAACUUUACAGGAGUCUAAUGUUAUCCACUUAGUACCGAAGCCAAUUCCAGUAAAUACCUACAACCCAUUUUUACAUCCCGAAUCAUCCCAGACGACUUCGCAUCCACCGAUAACAGAGGCGUCGACCCUGAAACCCAUCCUAAUUAACAUAAACAAUCCAUUUUUGAAUCAACAUGCCUCUACCCCAUCACCUUCGAUCAAGAAACCGGAAGAAUUCAACCCACAAACGUCCACACAUUUACCGAUAGAACAACCACGGAUACCUUUGCCUGCGGAAAAUGAAAAAAUCAAUCAACUUCGAAGUUUCUGUGCCAAGCCCCGUGGACAAUUUCCCAGCGACAGAUGUAAUACGUUUGUUAACUGUUGGGAUUAUGUAGCGGUGGAACAAACCUGCCCACCGGGAUUAGUUUUCAAUUAUGCCGGAUAUUGUGAUUACCCUCAAAAUGUAGAUUGCCAUGGACGUAGUUUUGAAGAAGUAUUGGUAGUUCAACCUCCUGAAACAGUUUCAUUGGUAAUCAGUGGAGAGCAGCACACGAAUCACAUCGAACACGGAAAUAAGCCAGUUCAUCCUUCAACUCCUUGUAACCAUGUCGAAGUUAGCACGGCAGCGCCUAUUGAAUAUGUACCUAAGCCAGUUGAUGCACGUUUGAGAACGAAAUGUUUACGACCCAGAGGUCAGUUCCCAAGUGACGAAUGCAAUAAAUACGUAGAGUGUUGGGACGAUAACGUUGCUGAGGUUGAGUGCCCUAAAGGGUUGUAUUUUUCUGAAAAGGGAUACUGCGAUUAUUUAUACAACGUCAAUUGCCAUACUCGCACAGUUGUCAGGGAAGAAAUUGCUUCACCUUGUCCACGACCAGAUGGAAGCUUUAGAGACGUUGACAACUGCAGGAGUUAUUUUGUAUGCAUUUCUAACGUUGUUGUUGGCAAACAUGAAUGUCCUGUCGGAUUGUAUUUCAAUGACAUUAUCGGAGUUUGUGAUUAUAGCCAUAAUGUAAAUUGCAAAAGAGAACCAUUUGUAUAUCAACAGCCACAGACUGCAAAUACAGUUCAAAAAAUACCGGCUGGUAUACUGGGUGCAGUUAAGGAUUGCCAACCUGGGAAAGUGUUCAGACUAAACAAUGACUGUUCAAGUGCAGUUUUAUGUAGAAAGGGAGAAACAGAAGUAGUAUAUUGUCCUAAUGGUUUAGCUUACGAUGCACCUUCUGAUAGAUGUUUACCUUUACAAAUAGCAAAAUGCGAUGUCGCUUAGAAGAUAAUGACUAAGAAGAACCAGAUGCGGGAUGCAGUUUAGAGUUCACGCUAAAUUAUAUGGUUGAAGAAAUCCAAUACUUCUAUAGAAUUACAAUGAAAAGACUGAGCAUUUUACGAAAUAUUUAAAAACAUACUUUUUUUCUAAUAUUUCGUCAAUUAUAGAAUAGUUGCUUCAGUGUACUAAGCAACCUUUCUAUUGGGGGUGUGGUGGUGGUUAUUCAAUUUUGGUCAUCUAAGAAGUUACGUUUGACAAUAUAAUUUUGUUUUUGUGAAACCAAACUGUAUGGUCUCCUAGUUUGUACACAUGCCAUAGUAAUAUAAAUAUAACGAUAAAAAUAAAAUCAAUCCUAA